AAGAUAGCGCGAGUGAUUUGAAAGUAUUGCGCCCGGCCGCCUAGCUGGCUCCUGUGUAGCUGCCCUGUGGAUUCCUCUUGCAUCUGUUCUCUAUUCCAGUUCCAGCCCCCUUCCCCUUUCAAUGAGAUACAGAUGUGUGCUGUUUAUUAAACAGGAAAUUCUAGGAUUCUAUGGGGACCCUCGUACUGCACAAAAACACACUGCUGCAGGAGUUCAGACUGCCGGGGCAGCAGCAGCUCCAUUUGACUAUGAAUCCAACCAGCAAGCCAAGCGAGAUCCUGCUCUUCUAACCCAAUAUCAAUGUUAGUUCUAAUGACUGAAGCAGUAGAGAGAUGAAAGAGGUGGGUAAAAGAGAGAGGGGUUGAGACCGAGGGGGAGAUUAAUAGAACGUGUUAGUGGGCAUUAGAGAGGCAGAGGAGGCAGAGGAGACAGAGAAGGAGGGAGGGGGGGAUUUUCAUCCCAUUCCUUUUCCUCUCAGGAAACACAUCCUGUUGCUGUUUAGCUGUGAAGUGGCAGUGCUGAGUGUUUGUCGCAGUGAGAGAGAGACUGAGUACGCCCUGAAGCUCACCAAAACAGCACAGUGAAACCCCUUCCUCUUGGACAACAGCAGCACUCAAGAGACACGUCUGUGUGAGCCUCCCCACUGCCUGUGAAUCGCUUUUCAGACUUGUAGCGUGGAGAGUACUGACAGAAGAAGGAGGGAAAUCCAAGCUGGAGCUUUCUACCACCUCUGAAAAUGAGAUGCUGAGAAAAUAAUUUACAGUUGCAAAGCUGUGUGCUACAACCUCAAGAAUUCAGGCAUCUGGUUUUCCUUUCUCCUGUUAUUUUUGUUAUCCCCCACCCCCCCCCACCCUCCCCCCUCCAAGUCCGAGGAGAGUUUGAAAAAGAGACGCCUUUCUGCUGUUUGCUUGAAAACCAGCCUCCCUCCUGGGCUCAGAGAGAAAGAAGAGAAAGAAAAAUAGUAAAAAGAAGAGAGGGGACUCAAAGCAGGAGCCAGGCAGUACCAGUUUGUGGAAUGGACCUGCCUGUCUGUCGGUUAAUCGCAGAACUACCGUCAGUACCAAAAUCUGAAGAGGAAGGAUAAAAAGGGAUUUCUACCACCCAAAGGGAUACAUGAGAGACAGUUGAGCUGAGAAUGAACGGAGAUGUCCUCUAGCUGUGAUUAAAGGGGUUUCAUUUGCACAGGUGAUUUUGUUGUUUCGGAUGCACCGCAGCUGAUAAGCAGCUCACUCGAGAGGAGCAGGAGAAAGUGGUAGAGGAGACUCUCGGUCAGUGGAUGGCUGUUCAGAAGCUGGUGGCCGCAGCGGUGGCUGUGGCCCUGCUGUCCCUGAUCCUCAACAACGUGGCAGCUUUCACGCCCAGCUGGGUGUUCCAGGCGCUGGAGGACGGGCGCAAGCGCAGCGUGGGGCUGUGGAAGAUGUGCUUUAUGGCGGAGCGGGGCCGGGAGGCAGGGGGAGCAGCACGCCAGGGCCAGGCAGGAGAGCGGCAGUGCCAGACUCUGGGCUGGGGGGCAGAGUACGCUGGCUUUCAGGAGUCCCGCAGCACAGUCAAGUUGCAGUUCGACAUGAUGCGCGCCUGUAACAUGAUAGCCACCGUGGCCCUGACGGCUGGACAGCUCAUCUACCUGCUGGGACUGGUGGAGCUGCCCCUCAUCACCCAAGACUCCCAGUGGUGGGAAGAGGUCAUAGCCGCCCUCUUCCAGCUAGCCAGCUUUGUUCUGGUGAUCGGGCUGGUCACAUUCUAUCGCAUCGGUCCCUACACACACCUCUCAUGGUCCUGCUACGUGGAUAUCGCUGCCUGCCUCCUGGCCACGCUGGCAGCCGCCAUGCUGAUCUGGAACAUCCUGCACCGGCGUGAGGACUGCCUCACACCACGGGUCAUCGUCAUCAGCCGCUCGCUGGCCGCGCCUUUCCGCCAACGCCUUGACAACGACUAUGUUGAAUCACCCUUCUGAGUCCAUACAAACUGCAUUUCAUUGGGAGGAUUGGAGAAACUCUAGUAGAGGUGGCUUUAAUUAACCCAGCCAGCCCUAUGUCAGACUAACAGUUUCUGUUAUUGCCUGGGGGGGGGUGUUGGGGUUGGAGAUGGACAUCGCUUCCUGAAAUCAUUUUAAAAUGCUUACAAACAGAGACACUUACUAACCAGACUGGGUUUCCAGUCCUAUGGAUUUAGGAAUUUUAAAAAGACACAAGAAAAAGGCCUUGAGACUGCUGGGGAACCCAAAUGCAGUCAUGGCCUGACCUCCUCACCCCUGGAGUCAGGCAGGAUUUACAAACUGUACAGGAUGUACUGCCGAUUUCUUCUGACACCCACAAUGAUCCCUUCCUACCUAGGAUGCUUGUUUUAGGCCACCAGGCUGUUCAUGCAUUGACCCAACCCAAUGUGCUUUUUGCUGUUUCUCUCCGGAUCAGCUCAGCUGACCCGGACAUUGCAACAUACAACCCUUUUUUCACGAGCAGGGAUCAAGCUGGCUCUUGACUUUUUUUUUUUUUUUUUUUUUAGCUCAGAACAUUCUUUCUAUAAGCUUCAAGAUCAAGUAGUUUCUAAGUGUAACAGACUGGUCUGACAACAGCAUGUCAGAAUCAUUUGUUUAUUUAAAGUGGCAUACUUUAUAUUUGUAUGUGUUCCAAAAGUGUCAGUUUAGCCUGAGUUGAUCAAAAUUGACUUUUCCACAUGAAAUGUUGGCAAAUUCCAUAUGCAUACCAGGGGGUUGAAUAAUGUGCUACCCCUUUGUUAAAUGAAUACAAUGCUGCUUUUCAAAAUAUUUAAUACAUUAUGUAAUGAGCGCUAAUAUUGCAAAAUCCAUAUAAUAAUGUACUUUAAUAUUGAGAGCUGUUAAAUGCUUAAGUAAAAUGCUUUGUUACUGGAUUUAUAAUUAUUUAUAAUUAUUAAAUAAUGUGCAUUUCCAUGACACCUGUUUUGAAUA